AUGUCAUUUCGUAGGACCUUACAAGGCUCAAAGCCAUUGCAAUCAAUACUUACAAUCACUGUCCUUCUACUUAUAUACAUAUUAUAUCAUUUCAAUUGGUUUAAUUUCUUAAAUUCCUCAUCAAUUUCAACACCUGAAGAAAUAAAUUCAUUGCUACAAAAUAAAGAUACCAGUGUAGUCAUCCUCAAAAAGACAGAAUUAGUCUCUCAAGGAUUACAAAGACCAUUUUUAGAUGAAUCAUUAUUCCAUGUACGGAAUUGGAAUUUACAUGGAAAUUCACUAGUCGAAAAUGAUAAAUAUAUAAGAUUAACAUCUACCGCCCCACAUUUAGCUUCAAACAUGUUUAGUAAAAUGCCAAUUGAAGCAGAAUCCUUCGAAAUGGAAUUGACUUUUCAUAUACAUAAUGAAGAUGCUAAACAUGGAUUAGUAGGUGAUGGAUUAGCGGUUUGGUUUUUAGAUAAACCUUCAAAUAUUGGUGAUGUGUUUGGAAUUGAAAAUGGAUUUAAUGGAUUAGGGAUUAUGAUGGAUACUUAUAAGAAUGGUAAACGUGGUACAUUUCCAUUUGUUAAUUUGAUGUUGGGUGAUGGUCAGACUUAUUAUAAUAAAGGUACUGAUGGUUACGAAACUAGAUUAGCUGGUUGUACUGCAAAGGAUAUAUUAAACCCUAGUUCGAAAGAAACGAAAAUGAGAUUAGUUUAUAUAAAGAAUGGAUACUUAUCAAUUGAUUUCAAUUUUUAUGGAAAACAUGAAGAUUGGACUAAUUGUGUUACCUUGACUGAUGUAAAAUUACCUCAUGUUAAAUAUUUAGGAUUAAGUGCUGAAACUGGCCAAUUAUUUGAAAAUGUGGAUAUAAUAGAAAAUAAAAUAUUUGCUUUGUAUAAACCUGAUGGAAAUUUUGUUGAGUCAAUUGAUGAAUUAGAUGACCUAAUCAAGGAACAAAAUGAAUACGAAGAAGUUACAAAUUCGUUGCAAGAUAUAAAUGCAAAAGUAGAAAAUAUAAAAUCAAAAACUGGAGGAAGAAAUAGAGCUUUCAAAAGAAAAUUAAGUAGUCAAAGAAGAAGAACUCUUAAAAGACUUCAAAAUGCUGAAAAAAGAAUAAAAGAAAAGGAAAAAUUAGCAAGAUUACAAAAAUAUGGUGAUGAAGAUGCUACUUUUUUUAAAAGGAUUUUCAGGACUAUAUUAUGGUUUUUGAAAAUCAUUAUAUAUUUGGCAAUUUUCAUAAUAUUAUGCUGGUUUGCAUUAAUAAUUUAUAGAGUUCAAAAACAGAAAAGAAAACAAAAAAGCACUGGAUUAUUGGAUUAG